AAAAAAUCAUGUUAAGAUAUUUUCCAUCCCCCAUUUCAUUUGCAAAAGUGAAUAAAAAUUGAUAAAAUGCUAAUUCAAAGAAAAUUUUAUUAGCACGUGUCAAUUAAUCCGUCAAAAUUAUAUGUCAACAACUUGACAUUUUAUCAUGUGAGAAAUUUCCAUCGCCGGCUGUUCUUGUGUCGCGGGACAAUGUCGGUCUGUGCUGAAAUAAUAGACGAUAUCGAGGAUUUAAUAUCUUCCCAAGAUAUAACACCCAAAGAGCGGUAUUCAAAUAAGAAGAAUGUUACAUUACGCGCGAAAAAACGCACGAAGGUUGGUGAUGAAGACGAAAGUGUAGCUACCAAAUCGGAAGGGAAGCAACGACCUGAGCGAAAAAUUUAUGAAAGCAUCAUUCCUGGGACGCAGACAAUAUACGUGAAAACUUGGGGAUGUGCACAUAAUAAUUCGGAUUCGGAAUACAUGGCCGGGCAGUUGGCUUCGUAUGGUUACAACUUGACUACCGAUAAGGAGAAGGCUGAUCUAUGGCUGUUGAACAGCUGCACCGUAAAAAAUCCAUCGGAGGACACGUUUCGAAAUGAAAUUGAGAAAGGAUUGGAUGUUGGCAAACAUGUAGUUGUUGCAGGAUGUGUUCCGCAAGGAGCUCCUAAAGCUGAUUAUUUGAAAGGUCUUUCAGUAGUUGGUGUUCAACAAAUUGAUCGUGUUGUCGAAGUGGUUGAAGAGACUCUCAAAGGUCACAGUGUUCGUCUGCUUCAAGUGAAAAAAGAAGGCGGAAAACGAGUUGCUGGAGCGAAGCUUGCCCUACCAAAAGUUCGGAAGAACCCUCUGAUAGAAAUAAUUCCAAUCAAUUCAGGAUGCCUCAACCAAUGUACAUAUUGUAAAACAAAGCACGCUAGAGGCGAUCUAGUCAGCUAUUCUCUUGAAGAAAUCGUUGAUCGGGCGCGACAAGCCUUCAAUGAGGGAUGUUGUGAAAUUUGGCUAACCUCCGAAGAUACAGGUACAUAUGGUCGUGAUAUUGGACGAUCUCUCCCGGAGUUAUUAUGGGCUUUAGUUGAGGUGAUACCUCCACCAUGCAUGUUGCGCGUAGGUAUGACGAAUCCUCCAUAUAUUUUGGAACAUCUGGAGGAAAUGUCUAAGAUAUUGAAUCAUCCGCGCGUUUAUUCUUUCCUACACGUGCCAGUUCAAAGUGGUAGUGACACCAUCCUUGGUGAAAUGAAGCGCGAAUACUGUCGUAAAGAUUUCGAACAUGUCGUGAACUUUUUACGUGAACGCGUCUCUGGCCUCACAAUUGCAACAGAUAUAAUUUGUGGAUUUCCUGGUGAAACUGAACAAGACUUCGAAGAGACAAUGACAUUAUGCGAGAAGUAUAAAUUUCCGAGUUUAUUCAUAAAUCAAUUCUUCCCACGACCCGGCACCCCAGCUGCACGUAUGACGCGAAUUCCUGCAAAUUUAGUGAAAACAAGGACUAAGCGACUAACAGAUCUGUUCAAUAGCUAUGAACCUUAUGAAAAUAGGGUUGGUGAACACUACAAUGUGCUUGUUACAGAAAUCUCGCACGACAGAAAGCAUUAUGUUGGGCACAACAAGUUCUAUGAGCAAAUUUUACUACCAAUGGUAGACAAUUUACUUGGGAAAGCGGUGCAGGUGAAAAUUGUUUCUACGACAAAGUUCAGUAUGCAUGGUGAAAUCAUUGAUCCAGAAGAAGAGUGGCAACAAGGUGCGAAAAAAGUUGAAACCUUAAAAAAUGGAAUUGUAAAAAAUGGGUACGCGACACAGGAUGUACCCGCCGGGAUUCCAAACGAUGGGAACGUUGCAAAACAAUCAUAUUUAGGAUAUGCGUUAAUAGCAUUGUUCUUAGCGCUCGUGUACAGAUUUAUCUGGAAAGUACUACAAGAUCUUUGAAAAUAAAAGGCUUUGUUCAUAU